GUGGCUGUGUUUACAAUUUUUCUACCGAUGAUUUCGCAGCCGUUUUCCGAGAUAUUUGAACUCUAAUCAAAUAUUUAGCAUCGGCCAAGACCCAUGGCCAAACCCCAGGCGGAAUGUUCGUCGAGCAAACAGGGCAUGAGUCUGCCCAGCCUGAGCAACGGCUUGCUUUCCUCCCUGGGCAGCAGGCCGUCUGGUAGACUCGAGUCCUUCCGCACGCCUCGCGACCUCACUCUGGGUGCUGUUUCAUCAGUAGUCAAACAGAAGCGGAAGUUCGAGCCUAUAUUGCCGACAAAGGGCAAGGCCAAAGCCACCCCUCCUAAGCCGGUUGUGGCCAGCACCAGCAAUGACUCGGGGAAAAACAAAGAGCCUCCUGCGAAAAAACCUCGGAAAAGACCGCCGCCGAAGGAGAGAACUACAUUCAUACAAACGGAAGGAUCUGUGUUCGGGCAAGGACAGGCCGAAAGGCAGAUAAAAAUCAAAGAACACUACCAUUGCUCAUCCUCGAGCAGCUCAAAAAAGACUGACAUCAUUAGACCUAUUAUUAAAAAAGAGGUAGAAGACCAAGUACGAGAAAGCUAUUCCGAGAAUAACGAAGAUAUAGUGAUUACGGAAAUGAAACGCUCAGAUUUUCUUGACAACCCCAAAUCGAAAAUCUCAUGGGGUGACUCGAAGCCAUUCUUGAUUCAACAGAAUCGAGUUCCAAAAAUGGAAAUAAAGCCUGAUCCCGACGGCGAGGGUGACAAUAUGCCUCAAAAAAUUAAUGUAGAUCCAGAUAAACCAAGCAUCGCCAGUAUAUUGACUGGUAAUGGGGAGCCAUUUUUAAUUCAACUCCCAGAUUGCCUUCCUGGCCGCGUGGAAAUGCCGAGCGAUUCAUCACAAGUGUCAACCACAGGAACGUCUAAGGCGAAGAAAAGUAUGCCUGCAACUUUAAAUGAUUUGCCUGAAGGUAGCAUAGGAUACAUCGAAAUUUUGCAAUCUGGAAAAGCGAGAUUGAAGUUAGGAAAUCACAAAAUGUACAUGGAAAUGGGUGCUUAUAGUAGCAUACGACAGGAAUUGGUUAUGGUUGACGUCAACACUGAUGAAAAGAGAGGAAAUAUGUGCGAUCUUGGUCAGGUCAAUCAUCGUCUCAUUUGCGUUCCUGAUUGGCAAUCUGAGCUUGCGGAAGCAUUCAACAAAUCUGAGUGUGAUACUCACUAAAAUGUACAUAUAUUUCUAAAAAUAAAACUGCAAUGGUUA